AAUUAAUCAAUAAUAAUAAUAAAACUAAAAUAGCUUGCCAGCUGAAAAGAGUGGGAAUCAGGAGUAUUCAUUGGAGAAAAAGGAGGGUGAAAAGGGGGUAAAAAUCAAGCUAAUUUGAUUUGCAUGGAAGCGAAAGAGAACAGGAAGAGGAAGUUAGACCUCGAUUGGAACAAGCUACUCUCAAACGACGCCAGCGAUGAGGAGUCAUCGCCUCCCUUAGUGGUUAUCAAGGCGGAGCCACAACCUCAGCCGAGGAAAUCCGACGCAAUUGGCGACGGCGAUGAUCAAGGUAAAGAGGAAUUUUGGGAAAAUUUGACUGAUGAUAAACUAGAAGAGAAGAUUCAAAGGCAGGAGCGGAAUCUGGAAUGCCUUGGCUCUAAAUUACCGGAUAAAGGAAAGAAGAUUAGGGAUCAACUUCAGCAACUUCAGGAGGAAAAGAAACGGAGAACGCUUUCGCGAACGAAAUUGCUUGCUGAUGAAUGUGAGAAGCUCUCGCAACCUCCAAGCACACAUACCGUUGGUUCUUCUAAUGGCUUUGAAAAUCUGCGUAAAUCAAAUCAACCUUUCCCACAGUCUGCAUGUGGUGCUAGUUUUUGCCAAAAGUUGGAAGAAAAUACAGAUUCUAGGUCACUCAACACAUUUGAGAAAAGUUUAUCAGUUUUGAAUCAUUGUGAACAACGAAAAACCAAAUGCAAUGGGGAUUUUUCAGAGAGUGAAAGGAUGAUAGUUAGAAGAUCACCAAGACAUAAUAGUUCACAACACUAUACAAAGCCUUCUUUUGGUGGUCAAAAGAGUAGAACAGCUACAGUGUCUUCUCUCUUUGACACAGAUGACAACUUGCGAAGCACUUCAAAGAAGGAUGCUAUUCAAGUCCGACCACCAAAUAAUUCAAGGUGUAGGCAGGGCGAGACUGUUGUUAUUGUAGAUGAGGAAGAACAGCAGUUAGUAAAUACAACAGAGCCUGAAGUUAAACUUAAGAAUUGCAAAAAGGAUGCUAGGAUCUAUUACCCAUCAAGGGAUGAUCCAGAAUCUGUUGAUAUUUCGUUUGGUGAUAUUGACAGCCUUGCUCCAGAAACCUUUUUGACAUCUCAAAUUAUGAAUUUUUACAUCCGAUAUUUGCGGCAGCAGGCAUCCCCAACAAGUAGAGCAAUAUGUGACUAUCAUAUUUUUAACACGUAUUUUUACCCGAAGCUGAAAGAAGCUGUAUCAUACAAGGGGAGUGACAAAGAUUCCUUAUUCAUGAAGUUCAGAAGGUGGUGGAAAGGUGUCAAUAUUUUCCAGAAAGCAUAUAUACUUAUUCCAAUUAAUGAAGAUUACCACUGGAGCUUGGUCAUCAUUUGUAUACCUGACAAAGAAGAUGAAUCAGGACCAAUUAUCCUUCAUUUGGAUUCACUGGGACUUCAUUCUAGCCGAUUGGUUUAUAAGAACAUUAAAAGCUACAUGAAGGAAGAAUGGAACUAUUUGAAUCAAGAGGUUGCUCCUUCAGAUCUUCCAAUUGCAGAUAGAAUAUGGGAAAAUCUCCCCCGUAGGAUUGAUGAGAAAACAAUAACUGUUCCCCAGCAAAAGAAUGAUUAUGAUUGUGGUCUUUUUGUUCUUUACUUUAUGGAGCGCUUCAUCGAAGAGGCCCCUGAAAGACUGAAAAAGAAAGAUUUAGCAAUGUUUGGCAAACAAUGGUUCAGACCCGAACAAGCCUCUGGCUUGAGACUGAAAAUAAGGAACUUACUCAUAAAACAAUUCCAAAUUGCCAAUGAGGAUAUUGGAGGUUCACAAUCUUCACCUUCAUCUUAAAAGCUCGUUUAAGUUGGUGCUCCUGCAUGAAUCUGGUGCAGAAAAAUAACACACCAGUGGAUCGGGUGCCAUCUGUGUACAGCUUGCAUAGUUAUGGUCCUCACGUUCAAAUGCAUCAAUGGCAAAUCAGGUACUUCAAAAAGUUUUGAAAUUGCUUUUGUAUAUUUUAACGGAAGAAAAUGAAAGAAAUUUCGCAAUGCCAUUAUUAUGCAAGAAAGAAAGUUAAAAGUAGAGGCUAGGAUUCGAAUCGACCAGUUCUAGAUGCUAGGAAAUUUAAAACUGGUGAUGAUGUUGAUGAUGAUGUAUUCAUUCAUUUGUAUUAAAGAGCCUUUUAUCCAAAUCUCGUGUUGGCUACGGGUGAUUAGUUUUUUAUAUAUCAAGGAAUUUUAGUGCGCUGUUAUCAAA